UGUAUUGACUGCACCUUGGUGAGGAUGCAAACCCGCGUGCUGUGGUGGCUGGCCCUUGGCAUCCUGCUGGUGAUUCCUGCAGGAGCCAAGCCGAUGCCAGAGGAAGCAGACCCCUACACUCAGCCACCCGCCAUGCCCUACUGGCCUUUCUCCACCUCUGACUUCUGGAACUACGUGCAAUAUUUCCAGACCCAGGGUGCCUACCCACAGAUCGAGGACAUGGCCAGAACCUUCUUUGCCCACUUCCCUCUGGGGAGCACCCUGGGCUUCCAUGUCCCCUACCAGGAGGACUGAGCAGUGUCCAGUCUGCUGCCUGCCUGGCUGCACUGGCUGGGGCCUAAGGUGGUCUAAAGACAGUGAUGGGCAAGGGAUGGGACUCGUGCUCAAUAAACUCCCCAUGAAGACGCAUAACACCCCAGUGGGUUUCUUUCAAGGAGCCAAUGUGUGCUGUAUCACUCUGUGAAUUUGCUGGGCUUUAUUCUGAUGAGUACUGAACACGUCUUUAAUAAA